GGGAGACUUGCUGGUAGCACAGCACUGCCCUUGCACGCACUAACUCAGUUUCUUCGCUUCGCAUCCCCUAUUGCGAGGCGGAACCUGCCCUUUGAGCCUCCCCAGAGCGCGUGGGCCACCCCCCGACCCUAUUCACCCCCCCACGCUUUUGACUUCAACGUCUCGCCUUCGUCUUGCCCUUUGAACGAUCAUUCUCCCCUUUCGUCUUCCAGCUUUCACUCUUCGUGAUAUACUUCUUGUGCUCACAGUUGAGCUCCCAAUUGCAUUCGCUUCAUCUCUCCCGUCCUCUGUAGCUUUCGUCGCAAGACACUUAAAAUUCAAGCAGAAGUAACUGGUCGGGGUGCGAACACGCUGUGUCCUAUUUUCGUAGCCGUGAAGAAAAAGAAGGUUUGUACAAUUUUCCGCAGGGUGUAAACUAUGGCAAGACGGGGUCCUAGAAACCCCUUCGAUGACGAGGAUGCUUACCCAAAGCCACCUCGUGGUGGCAGUGAUGGGAAGAAGGGCGUGAUCAAAACUCAAUCUGCAGAUGAUGAUGAACUUUUCAGUUACGGGAAUUCGAGGGCCAAGGGUGGAUACCGCGAUGGGAGUGGAGACCAUGACGAUGAGUUCGUUAAUCAGGCGGUGGCGGAUCUGGAGAAGCACGCCGUAAAGAAGUCGCAGGAGACUUCAGAUACGCUGAGAAAUUGUCUCCGAGUUGCAGAGGAUACCAUGGCCGUUGGAUCCCAAACCCUCAUAAGUCUGGUUGAUCAGGGGGAUCAGAUAACGCGCACCCACGAUAAGGCCGUCGAUAUUGACCAACAUCUGAGCAGGGGAGAGAAGCUGCUGGGUAGUUUAGGAGGAUUUUUUUCGAAGUCCUGGAAGCCUACGAAGACUAAGAAGAUCACGGGACCAAUGGUUGGCCGAGUUAAUCAGAACAACAAGGAGAGUGCCGAGGAUCGCGAAGCCCUCGGUCUAAAUGGGACUAAUGAGAAGAAAAAGUCCGGAUCUGGCUCAUAUCAUGACAAAGAAACAUUUCAGGGGCAAAUCAAUGCUGAAAGGGAAACCCAGGAUGACAUGCUUGAUGAUUUAAGUAACGUUUUAUCUGUAAUGAAGGAAAUGUCAAUGGAUAUGAAUAAAGAAAUUGAAAGACAAGCUCCUGGCAUUGAGCAUCUUCGUGAGGACGUUGAAGAGCUGAACCGUAGAACAAGAGAUGCCAACAUCAGAGGACAAAGAUUGCUUCGAAGAUGAUUUGAGAGGGACUUUCGUUACAAUCCACCAUUUGGUUAUCAAACAUUUCGUUUCUCUUCGGGUUGAUGGCGAAGCCUAAGCAAGCUCAGAUUUGGGUUUCUGACCCUUAGUUCUGAGAUUUGAUCAGAGAUAGAAAUGAUCUCGUUGUAUGAAUGGCCUUCGUCAAGCCUCAUUGGGCAUAAGUUGUAAAAGUAACGUUUAUCCUUUGCAAACGCUAUUUUUUUGAGUAGAACGUUUACAUCCGUUUGUAAGUAUGCGAUUCAGGUUGUAACGACAAGGUUGCUUGGGCAACUGUAUGUUCGGUACUUCAAUUUAUGUGGGGGCGUUUUUCCAGCUUCGGUCUCACGUUUCCGUC